UUGUGCUGGUAAAUCAGAGAACAAGAAAAGAGGGGGGACACUUGCAUUCUCAUGUGAAUAAGUUACAAGAAUAAUGUCGUUUUUGCAUAGUACAUGAUGUCGGAAUUUAGCCCUGAACUUAUUGAUUAUUUAGACGGAAAGAUCUCAUUCGAGGAAUUUGAGAAACGAAGAUCAGAGCGAAAAGCGAAGGAGAAGGAGAGCAAAAAGGGGAGUCAGGGGUCUGGAUCCGGUGAUGGUGAAGAUGCAACAGGCGAUGGAGAGGAUGUCUCACCAAGCACGUCGCGCGAUGUUCGAAAAACACGUAAACGGCGCACCGGUGAAACAGAGGAGGGGAUAAGUCCCUCUGUACAUCAGGCUUUUGCCUCCAUGCUUGGUGAAGGGGGUUAUGAGGAGGAUGAGGAGGAUGAGGAGGAGGAGGAGGAGGAGGAUGAUGAUGAUGAUGAAGACUAUGAUGCAGAGGAAGACUUCAAUAAAGACAAAGAGGAUAACGAGGAUGGAGAAGGGGAGGAAGAUGCAGACGAUGCUGAGACAGACGGCAUCACAGCAGGGGAUGUGUUUGCCCUGGAGAUGGAACUCAAUCGUGAGAAUAAGAAGAUGAUGAAGGAGAAGCGCCAUAGGAGUAAACUGCCACGGGCUCUUCGAGGACUCAUGGGUGAAGCCAACAUCCGCUAUGCCCGCGGAGACAAGGAAGAUGCCAUCCUAAUGUGCAUGGAGAUCAUUCGACAAGCACCCCUGGCUUAUGAGCCCUUCUCCACCAUGGCCAUGAUCUAUGAGGACCAGGGUGAUAUGGAGAAAGCCCUCCAGUUUGGCCUGAUAGCUGCGCACCUCAAUCCCAGCGAUUGUGAAGAGUGGGUCAAGUUAGCCGACAUGUCCCUGGAGCAGGAUAACAUCAAGCAAGCCAUCAUCUGCUACUCCAAAGCUAUCAAGUACGACCCGACGAACGUGCGUUUCCUGUGGGAGCGCUCCAGCCUGUACGAGCAGGUGGGCGAACAUAAGCAGGCCAUGGACGGCUACCGCCGCAUCCUCAACCUGCUGCCACCCCACGAUGGAGAGCACUUCAUGCAGCUGUCAAAGGACAUGGCCAAGAGCUAUUAUGAGAGCAGUGAGCUGCCGUCAGCCAUCGGCGUGAUGGAGGAGGCCCUGAAGCGCCACCCAGAGCUGGUCACUCACGAGUGCAUCAACAUGGCGGCCGAACUCUACAUCGCCAACCACCAGCACACCAAAGCAAUGAAGGCUUUAGUGAAGUUCUGUGGGAUUGAGCUGAAGAAGAAAGAAGAGCUGAAGACGAGUCCAGAGGAGCAACAAGUAGAAAUGGAAGAAAAGGUGGAAGAAGGGCAGGAGAAAGAGGAGGAGAAAGUAGAGGAAGAGACUGAAGAACCACUUGGGGAGGUGUUGGAGGUCAUUGUCCCAGACGAAGUGCCUGUGGACAUCAGAGUGAAGUUGAUGGUGUGCUUUAUACAUCAGCAUGUUUACAAGCCUCUGGAUCCCAUGCUGACCUCUCUGAUGGAGCAGAGCCCGGAGGAGCUGGGGGAUCUGUACCUGGACGUGGCCGAGGCCUUCCUAGACGAGGGCGAGUACAACUCGGCCCUGCCGCUCCUCUCAGCGCUCGUGUGCUCCGAGAGGUACAACCUGGCCGUGGUCUGGCUCAGACAUGCAGAGUGUCUAAAAGCUCUGGGCCACCUGGAGGUGGCGGUGCGGAGCUACUUGAAGGUGGUGGAAAUGGCCCCUCUCCACUUGGAGGCGCGCCUCUCCCUGUCCACCCUGCAGCAGCAGCUAGGACGGCCCGAGAGUGCCCUUCAGGCCCUGGAAUCCAUGUACGACCCCGAGAUGCUGGCCCAGGACUCCGGCGCUGUGCAACAGGAACUGAAGUUGCUGCUCCAUCGCUCCACUCUCCUCCUCUCCCAGGGCAAACAGGCUGACUAUGUGGACACUCUGUUGACCAUGUUGGCCAUGCUACUGAAGACAGCCAUGGUACGUGCCAGGGUGUGUUUGAUCUCUGACUCUAAUCACCUUCGUGUGACCAAAAUCUCUGGACGUAAGAGGCCUGACAAUGAGCAGGAAGCAGCCUAUCAGGACAUUGUCGGGAAGUCAAGUGUGUUGUCGCGAGAGGACUGGUGGCAGCUCCUGCUGCGCUGCAUGAACAUCCUCUGUGAGAACCGCCGCUUCUGUGAGGCCGAGCUCUUGGUGGACUCCUCGCUGAACUAUGACACUUUCUACGACGACCGGGUCAAGCGCAAGGAGAUGGGCUACCUGGGCCUGUCCACUUCCUUCCUGGACCGCAACUACGUCAAGGCGUAUGACUACAUCAGGCUGAUGCUGAUGGACUCUGUGGACCGGACCCAGCUGUGGAACACGUUCAACCAGGUGACGCUGCACUCGCAGGACGUGCGCCACCACCGCUUCUGCCUGCGCCUCAUGCUCAAGAACCCCGAGAACCUGGCGCUAUGCGUGCUCAACGGACAUGCAUCGCUCGUCUCCGGCAGCUUCAAGCACGCCCUUGGCCAGUAUGUUCAGGCCUUCCGCAUGCAGCCGGACAACCCUCUCCACAGUCUGUGUGUGGGCCUCACCUUCUUCCAUAUGGCAUCGCAGAAAUUUGUCAUCAAGCGCCACUCUCUAGUCAUGCAGGGUUUCUCGUUCCUGUGGCGGUAUGUGGAGCGGCGGGGGCACUGCCAGGAGAGCAUGUACAACGUGGGCCGUGCGCUUCACCAGCUGGGCCUCACCCAUCUGGCCAUUCACUACUACCAGAAAGCCCUGACUUUCCCCGCACCCACACUGGAGGGAAUUGAUGAUGACCAACUGGAUCUGCGCCAAGAGAUUGCCUACAACCUGUCACUCAUCUAUCAGUCCAGUGGUAACAUGGAAUUGGCCAGGCACUUGAUAUACACCCACUGUGUUAUUUAGCUCCUCAUGCAGAUGCAUGGUGCCAUGUAUGCAUGUUAUCCUAGCAAUGGACUAUAUUGUACAGUUGUGUACAUUUUGUAAAAU